AUGGCAUUCUUUGCUGGCCUGGGCGAAAACAAGGGUCAGAUAGAAGAAAACAUUGAUCUUGUUUUCGAUAAGGUUCACACAAAUGUUGGAGAUGCCUAUGAUAAACAAACUAGAAGAGUCACUAUUCCUUUCUCUGGUUUGUAUCAUUUUACUGUCGUGAUUGCUGCCCAGGGGGGGCAAAAGGCUGCUGCGAUGUUGAUGAACAACGGAACGAUGGUGGAGACAAUAUGGGCAGAGAGUAUACCGUUGUGGGCGACGUCGUCGAACACCGCCAUAUUGAAUCUAACAUCCGGGGACCAGGUCUGGCUCGUACUUCUAAAGCGUGCGCCAUAUAUCCAUGGUUACAUGUAUUCGUCUUUUUCUGGGUAUUCAUUAUUUGACACAGAAAAUGAAGAAAACGAAGCACCACAAGACGAUGAUAAAAUUAAUGGAAAGUCUUUAGUUAGAAAAAAUUGUAAAAAGUUUGCUUUUAAAAGUAAAGUACGAUAUACAAAAAGAACAUUGAUCUUUUUUUUAUUAUGCAAAACAAAAAGAAGAUUUAUUCAGAUGAUGCAAUAA